GAAAAGAAAAGAAAUAAUAAAAAAUUAAUAAUUUAUAAAUAUAUAAAAGAAGAAAAAGCAGUAAAAAUGUUGGAAUACGAAACGGAAAUGUUUCUCGAAACACUUCAUGAAGAUGGACUCGUCAUUGUUGCCAAGGGACUCUCAUUGGAUACAGUUUUUGCAAAUAUAAUACGCGCCUAUUCUGAUCCAAAUUUUUUAGUAUUAGUCCUAGGAACAACGGAUCAGGAGGAAAUUUAUUUUCUCGAGAAAUUACAAAGUUUUAAUGUUCAACAAAUGCCGCGCGUUAUAACGUCACAAUGUCUUUCUGAGGAAAGAGAGAGAAUUUAUUUAGAGGGUGGUGUUUUAUUUAUAUCGGGACGAAUUUUAGUUGUGGAUUUAUUAAAAAAACGUGUCCCACUUCAUUUAGUGUCAGGAAUUUUAGUUUAUCGAGCGCACAAUAUUAUAAAUUCAUAUCAAGAGGCAUUUGCCCUUCGUCUCUAUCGUCAAGUUAAUAAGACUGGAUUCAUAAAAGCAUUCACCAGUUCGGCCUUAUCGUUCACAGUUGGAUUUUCUCAAGUUGAACGUGUAAUGAGAACUUUAUUUGUUACAAAAUUAUAUCUUUGGCCUCGAUUUCAUUCGACGGUGAAAAAAAGUUUAUCCAAACGCGAGCCGGAAGUCGUGGAAUUACAUGUUUCGCUCACUCCAAAAAUGUUGAGUAUUCAAACGGCUCUACUUGACAUUAUGAAUUUUAUUGUCAAGGAAUUGAAGAAAAAUAAUAAAUUUUUAGAAUUAGAUGAAUUAACAGUUGAAAAUGCAGUUGCAAAAAAAUUUCACAAAUUUUUACAACAACAAUUGGAUCCAAUUUGGCAUCAAUUGAGUCAAAAGACAAAAAUUCUUAUUGCCGAUUUGAAAACUCUUCGAUCGUUGCUCAUGUGUUUAACGCACGAGGAUUCGAUUUCAUUUUAUGCAAUGCUUAAUAAUUUACGAACAAUGGAUUACGCUAUUAAAAGUAGCGGUUGGAUGGUUUUGGAUAUUGUCGAAAGUAUGUUUAAAGCAGCAAAAGCCCGUGUUUACAAUGAAAACAACAAUGAAUUGAAGCCAGAAUUAAAUCCAAAAUGGGAGGCACUAUCGGAAAUAAUAACGGAAAUUCAUCGUAAUGAUGGAAAAAAUCGUAAAACCAAUGAUGAACCGCCAAAAAUUUUGAUUUUAACACAAGAUUUUUCAAUGUGUACACAAGUGAAAAAUUUCUUAACACUCGGUGGCAAUGAUUAUUUACAUCGUUUAGCGGGAAGAAAAUUGAAAAAUAACAAAAAUUUAUCAAUGAAAAAAACAGAAAUUGGACCAGAAAUAAAGAAAAAACGAUUGGAAAAAAUAGAGGAAGGAGAUAAUAAUGAUGUUAAUAAUUUUGAUAAUGAGGAAUUAUUUAAAGAAGAAAACGAAGAUGAACAAUUGGAAAGUUAUGUUUUAACAUUGUCACAAAACAUAAACGAUGAAACAAAUUCGGAGAAAUUAAUUUAUCAAUCGCAAUUUGAAAAUUGUUCGCAGAUCGCCGAAAUGGAUUUAACGACAAUUACAACGGAAGCUCCAAUUGUUGUUGUACAAUCGUUAAAAAAAGGCGGCGAUUCAAUGGCAUUGAAAAAAAUUUUAAAUGAAAUUAUGCCAAGUUUUGUGGUUUUAUAUACAGCUGAUAUUUCCACUGUUCGACAACUUGAGAUUUAUCAAAAUAGAAAUGUUUCAUUACAUUUGACGGUGUAUUUUUUAAUUUACGGUGGAUCCGUCGAAGAACAAGCUUAUCUCACAUCAUUGAGAAGAGAGAAGGAUGCUUUUGAAAAAUUAAUCAAAUCCAAAACUACAAUGGUCGUUCCUGUGGAACAAGAUGGAAAAUCGGAAGAUUGUUCUGCGUUUCCAUCAACAUCGACGGAUGAAUCAAUAAAUACAAGACAAGGUGGAAUUGAAAGUGAAAAAACAAUUUCAAAAGUCAUUGUUGACAUGAGAGAAUUUCGAAGUGAAUUGCCGGCAAUUUUACAUAAACGAGGAAUUGAAAUUGAACCAGUAACAAUUGUCAUUGGUGAUUAUAUUUUAACACCGGAAAUUUGUGUUGAACGUAAAAGUAUAUCUGAUUUAAUUGGAUCAUUAAAUUCCGGAAGAUUGUACAAUCAGGCAAUUGCAAUGACACGAUAUUAUGCGAAACCAAUGCUUUUAAUUGAAUUCGAUCCAAAUAAACCAUUUUGUUUUCAGGGCAAUUAUUAUGUCAGUAAAGAUAUGAAGAGCUCGGAAAUUACAGCAAAAUUACAAUUAUUGACAAUUCAUUUUCCAAAAUUGAGAUUAGUUUGGUCACCAAGUCCAAAUGCAACUGCACAACUUUUUGAAGAACUCAAGAAAGGUAAAGAUGAACCGGAUGCUGUGAGAGCGGCACAAAUUGGAAUUGAUUCUGAAGGCGACGAAAGAGUAAUGACGGAAAAAUAUAAUUGUAAUAUUCAAGAUUUUGUCGCCAAAUUACCGGGAGUUAAUACAAAAAAUUUGCGUGUCAUUUUAAAUAAAGGACAUUCCUUGGAUCAUCUCGUUCAACUGAAUUUGGAUGAAUUAGUAGAAUUAUUGGGAAAUAAAAAUGACGCACAAUUACUUUAUCGUGCGUUACAUGAAAAAUUCAAACCCGAAACACAAUCAUCAACAAGCGCUGGACUUAAAAAACUUUCAAAAGUCAAAAAUCGAGGUCUAUUCUUUAAAAGUAAGUAA